GAAGAAGAAGAGGAAAAUCCAUUAACAGGUUUGUUCUGAUUCGGUAACCGCACUCUCCGGUUCUCUACAAUAAAAGAACGACGAAAAAUUCAACAAUCCUGGUCCUGGGGAACGAACCCACUGUUCCGCUCGUGAACAUUUCAAAAUCGAAAAGCCAUGUCCGGCCUCCACCGGUCCUCUAGUGCUUCCCUGAAGAGUGGCCUUCCUCCCCAGGAACUCCUCGACGAUCUCUGCAGUCGGUUUGUUUUAAAUGUGCCAAAAGAAGACCUCGAGUCAUUUGAAAGGAUUUUAUUUCUUGUGGAGUAUGCACAUUGGUUCUAUGAAGACAAUUCUGUGGAGAAAAAUCCAUCACUGAAGUCAUUCACUCUUAAGGAGUUCACUUCUUUACUAUUCAACAGUUGUGAUGUCUUGAAACCUUAUGUUGCCCAUCUGGAUGACAUAUUUAAGGACUUCACUUCCUACAAGGUCCGAGUUCCUGUAACUGGGGCAAUCAUUUUGGAUGAGACUUAUGAACGGUGUCUACUAGUGAAAGGUUGGAAAGGGUCGAGCUGGAGUUUUCCACGUGGCAAAAAGAGUAAAGACGAGGAAGACCAUGCAUGUGCCAUCAGAGAAGUCCUGGAGGAAACAGGUUUUGAUGCUUCUAAUCUUCUUAACAAAGAUGAAUACAUUGAACUGAUAUUUGGACAACAAAGGGUGCGUCUCUACAUAAUUGCAGGUGUGAAGGACGAUACUGCCUUUGCUCCACUUACCAAAAAAGAGAUCAGCGAAAUUGCAUGGCAACGGCUUGAUGAACUUCAGCCUGCAAAUGAUGAUGUGAUAUCUCGUGGGAUCAGUGGCCUCAAGCUUUACAUGGUGGCUCCUUUCUUGACAUCUUUGAAAUCAUGGAUUUCAGCACAUCAGCCCCUGACUCCAAAACUUGAUAUGCCACUCAAAGGAAUUUGUGUGUGGAAUGCAAGGAACAGUUGGACAGGGAGUAGCUGCACGAUGAUAAUGGAAAGCCAAUCAACGAAAGCUGAGGCUGAUGUUUACAAACCUGAAACAGGGCCUGGCAAGAGCUUGAGAAAUUUCAGAUUUGAUAUUGGACCAAUCUUGCAAGCUAUGGAAGUUGCUUUCUCUGCUUGAGAUGAAUGGAAGGCCCCCAACUGACUCUUUUUGUUUUUUUUUUUCUUGCUUUGUUAAUUGUAAAAGUUGAUCGAGUUCACGUAUCCAGGUGUAUAUGUUGGCGUCAGAAGAUUUGCUGUUUUGGUCGCAACGUAGUACGUAUAGUGAACGGAAUCUGAAGAACUUGGCAGUUGGCAAUGCUUGAAAGUUCUAUUUU